AUGCCCGAGGUCUGCCCACGGUCAGAUACCAAUCCGGUCAGAGAUGGCAUACCUGAGCCCUUGUCCCCAUCCACGGUCCACCCCAUCACGGAUCCCAGUCUCGUCAAACGAAGCACUUCCUUGACAAGUUUCACGCCCAAUCCCGGGUCUCAGCUUGCAGAUCGAUGGAUAAUCUGUGCCUCAGGGCCUCCCAUUUGCAUCAACCGAGCAGCCGCAGCACAACCACCGAAGAGCGACCUGAAAGAACGGCAAGGAGCCAUUCUACAACCGCGCUCGUUUACGGCAUCUCUGCCGACCUUGAAGUGUGGCAAUGGAACGACAAACUUGAGAUAG